AUGGCAAUAUCAUUACUCAAAGAGUAUUCUACCAUUUAUAAGGAACCAAGUUGCCAAGCUGAUGAUGGAGCUACUACUACAACAAUUGAUGACUAUGAACCAUUUAUAGAGGAUUACUCACUUUAUGUUGAUUAUGAUGUUGAGUUUAAUGUUCAAACUUCAUUUGAAAAACAACCAGAACUGGAUUAUCUAGAGGGUAUGGUGAGUGAUGAUAGUGGAGAGGCUUUCUACUCUGAGAGUGGUCAUGGUUCUGAGGAUAGUGGAGAUGAUUCUGAUGACAGUGAAUACAAUGUGGAUGAGUCUAACAUACAAUUUGAUGUAGAUGUAUAG